AUUAAAAGACUGAAACAAGAAAAGAAGGCGUUAAUGACACAAAUUUCGCAUUUAUUUGAGAAGGGGAAGUCACUCACAUGCGAGGUCGAUCACUUGACUGUCGAAUUAGAAAAGAAAGCUGAUGAGUGGAGAACGGAAUCAGAUGGUAGAAAGCUCCUCGUUAGUGAGGUUAAUGAACUCACAUCCAGACUGAAGGAAAUGGAAUCUUUGGCGCGUGCUGAAGUCAUUGACGACUCAGAAGAUCCUGUUAAACUUCGUUUGGCCUUAGAUCAGGCUCAUAAAACAAUAAAUCAGUUGCAAACUCAAGUCAUAGAAUUUGAAGCUCAAUAUGAAGCACAGGUUCCCCGAGUGAAAUACGAGGAAGUCCGCAAAAACUUGGCCGAUCAGAUAGAGGAGAAUCUUCAUUUGAAGGAAGAAUUAGAGAGCACCCAAAGUCGGUAUGAGUAA